AUGAGCAAGUUAGCGAUUCUGGGACUCCUGGCGGCUGCCGCGAUGGCGGUGCCCAUGUCGGACACCAACCACUUGCAGGGGAACAGGGACCUCGAUUGCCUGGAGCAAGAGGACGCGUUGUUCAGCUGCAUGUUCGUGAAAACCGUCAGCGCGUUGGAUAGAGCCGCCAGGUCCACCGACAUCCAGAUCUUCGACGGAGUCACUUUCGUCCGGGACACGCCGAUGGAGCGUAGCGGGAAGGACCUGCAGACGGAGCUGGACAUCAUGAACGAGCUGCCACGUGACGCGUCGGACCGCGCCAUCAAAUUGGUGAACAUGCUGUACGAGUCCGCGAUGUCGUUCCUGAAGAGCCACAGCUUGAAGCUGAGCAUGCCGGAGGACGGUUCAAUUUCCCGCACGCUCAGCGAAGGUCGCGGCAAGAUCAAGAAGAUGAUCCUGCCGCUGGUGGCCGCAGCCGGAGUGAAACUGUUCGCGUUGGUGCCGAUUCUUCUCGGAGGCCUCAGCCUGCUGGUGCUGAAGGCCCUCUUCGUUGGCAAGAUCGCCCUGCUGAUCGCAGGAUUGCUGGCGUUCCCUAGGUUGCUCAGCGGUGGCAGCUUCGGGCCAGCCGGGAUCCUCGGCAAGAACACUCAGCCCGUCUCCGGAUGGGUCGACAAUGGCGGCCAGGGCUGGUCGUCGGGUGCCGUGGCUCAGUCCCAGGGCUACUACAAGAGAAGCUUCGAAACUGAAAAGGACGCCCACUCGAUGGCCUACGCGGCCCAAAUGCCCACGACGGAGGCGCGUUAA